AUCAUGAUUCGCGAAAAACAAAAGCGAGUCAAUGCUAACGAGAGGUUUCUUUUUAUUUUAAUUUCAAUCGUUAAGACAAACAGUACAAAACAAUGCCGAACAUAAAAGUUUUCUCUGGAACAUCACAUCCUGAUUUAGCUCAAAGGAUUGUUGAUAGACUGGGAAUUGAUUUAGGGAAAGUAGUGACGAAAAAGUUUUCAAAUUUAGAAACCUGCGUCGAAAUUGGAGAAUCAGUUCGUGGUGAAGAUGUAUACAUCGUUCAAUCGGGCUCGGGUGAAAUCAAUGAUAACCUUAUGGAACUUUUAAUUAUGAUAAAUGCCUGUAAAAUUGCUUCAGCGUCUCGUGUCACAGCUGUCAUUCCAUGCUUUCCUUAUGCACGGCAAGACAAAAAGGAUAAGUCUGGUGACGAAAAGUUAACUGAGCUGAUGAAGAAGUCAAACGAAUGGAAAUUUCGGGAAUACGUGCCAGAUAUGUAUACUGGUUUCUUUGAUAUUCCUGUUGAUAACCUUUACGCAGAACCAGCUGUGCUGAAAUGGAUAAAAGAAAACAUUUCUGAGUGGAGAAAUUCAAUUAUUGUUUCGCCUGACGCUGGCGGUGCGAAACGUGUGACUUCCAUAGCGGAUCGCUUGAAUGUAGAGUUUGCUUUGAUUCACAAAGAACGUAAAAAGGCCAAUGAAGUCGCAUCGAUGGUGUUAGUUGGUGAUGUAAAAGACAGAGUAGCAAUCUUGGUAGAUGACAUGGCUGAUACCUGUGGCACGAUUUGUCAUGCAGCUGAAAAGCUUCUCGAAGCUGGCGCAACAAAAGUUUAUGCAAUUCUCACACAUGGGAUAUUCAGUGGUCCCGCCAUAUCACGCAUCAACAACGCUUGUUUUGAAGCUGUUGUAGUGACCAAUACAAUUCCUCAAGAUGGCCACAUGAAAGAUUGCCCGAAAAUUCAAUGCAUCGAUGUGUCAAUGAUGUUUGCCGAGGCCGUCCGUAGAACUCAUAAUGGCGAGAGCGUGUCGUAUCUGUUCUCAAAUGUUCCAUAUUAGACUAAGAAUUUAUUCCCUGAUCCUUCUUUCUAUCUUUUUUGAUUUAUGUGCCUCAAUAUUCUACUUUAUUGCUUGGUUAAUUGUAUAA